UAGGCCCAGGGGUCCGUGUUCUGGAGUCUGACAGCUCUGCUUGGAAUCCCCUUGCUUCCCAUGAUUUACCGUGGCGCAGCCUGUCAGUUUGUCUGUCUGGCUGGUUUAUCGCGUAUCAUCAUCAUCAGCGGGCGCCUCUUUCUCUCUGUCCAGGGACGACAAUCUUCAGAUGUCGUCAUGUUGAUCACUUUUAUUUUUUGUGUUUGCUCCUGCAUAUCUGUCUGUUUGCAUCACUUUUUUUACUUUGGGGGGCGCUUUGCUGGGAUGGGUUCUAAUUUUACCUAUCUGGCAAGUAAAACACGUCGUUCGGGAGAUUUACGCGGCGGCCAACGCACCGUACCUGAAUUUGAAACCCAAACUAUCGAAACGCGAAGAUUGCCCGGCUUGCAGAAAAUAGAUAGUAGCAAUCAAAGACACCUCUUUAUUGGCAUUGAAGCCCUAUCGUAGGCAGUCACAUUCUUCUUUCCCUCCCAAGAACGCAGACUCGGCUAGUAUGUAGUACCACUACGUACUACUAUGGAACGUUAAAAAUAAAUAUUAAUAUACUACUAGUACGUAGUAGUUAUAUCGUAUGAGAACGACUAAGGUAUACCAUACGACAACCUAAUUAAAACGAAAGGAAUCAACCCAAGACAGAACUAAUCCCAAUCAAAGUAGAAUCACCGAAGAAGCAAACCCGAUCCCAAGAAUCCAUUUUGACAGCUGCGUUCAUCUGCCAUGUAAGCCCUGUUGUGCCACUUGGCGCGCCAUCGGACAACAAAAUACACGAUUCAAGCAAGGGUCGGGCUGCGGCAGCCCAUCCCAGGGACGUUUCCCCUCUUUACCAAGCCUGCAACCUAUCUACCCUUCCCAUCGCUCCGCAUCGGUUCCUGCAGUAGGCCGACCAAACCUGAUCGAUCCAUCCCGCCGUUGAACAGGUCGCAUCUCAAAUAUGAGCGGAUUCCAGGAUUAAUUUUUUCUUGGUGGUGAAAGAUGGCGUGAGAGUUGUUUGUCGCUCGGUCGCGCGCGCGCGCGUCGGCCUGCGCGCAACUAUCUGCUGCGUCACUGGCUCACAAGACUAGAAAGUUUACUAUCUACGUACCACUUCCCAAAAUUUAGGAACCUCCCAAACUUGGUCUUAGGCCCCGGUACUUUGGGUUUCGGAGUUUCCCAGUAACUUGGAUUUGACAUAACGCCUUAAAAAGUGAAACCUAUCUAUGUAUGUGCCCAACCUACCUAGGUAGAAGUGAGUGGCUACUUUGUUACGUUUCCAAGUAUCCAUCUACCCCAGAAUGAUAGGGCAGAUGCAUGAACGGUAAUCUUUCUUUGCCUAGAAAUCUAGCCCAAGUAGGUUCAAUAAUGCUGUACGCACUAUGUCUUUUGCGCAUCACACCUGGCAUAUGACAUGCUACCGGAUAAUAGGGUCCCAAAGCUACUGCUCACUAACUUACUGGUACGAUAUGGGAUGGGGUUGAUGGCGGACCUGGCCGCUCUCGGCUCUUCCCUAACGACAAG